AUGACUUCAAUGAAGUUCCCCUUCGAGCUGGGCGAGCAGUGGCAAAUGCUCCGAAAUCUCCCACCCGAGCAUGUCAUCAAUCACCCCUGGAUCAAAGUACUGUUCAUCGAUCGCAAGGACCUCGACAUGCGAGGCAUGGAUGAAGAGACGUCCCGUGCAUGGCUUCCCAGCCCCCCGACCAAGCUGGCCGACGUGCCGAACGAGGAGCUGUCUCAAGAUGUCGAUGAACUACCGGAGUUUCACUUCUACUGGAUCGACCUCCCACUCUACAAUUCGGUAUGGCGUGACAAAUGCCCCUUCGUGUGGAUUCUCUUCGAGGAGUGGCUCGACUUCAACAACUGCAUCCAUGAGUCUCUGCCAUACAAUUGA